UGGACUUUGGAUAUUUACUGUGUGUCUCUCCAGAUACAAGCCCUUCUUCCCAUUCCAAGUACAGCCCCCUCUGGGUCCGGCUUGUGAUUUGGACCUGUCAGUCCAGGACAGUAGGCUGGUGGAAGGCCGACUGAAAGUCACCCUCACUGAAUGUAGCAGACUGUUCAUCCUGGGCUCCUAUGACAGAGAAACCUACGUCCACUGCACACUGGAGCUGAGCAGCCACGAGUGGAAGGAGAAGACUCGCAGCUCUAUCAAACGGACGGAGGUUAUCAAGGGGCCAUGUGGCAGUGUGGGGAUGACGUUCAGACACAUCCCUGCCAGCGACGGUGAUGCAGUGCACGUCAGCAUUGAGACGGUCACACCCAACUCCCCUGCAGCCUUGGCAGACCUGCAGAAGGGUGAUCGCCUGAUUGCCAUCGGAGGUAUUAAAGUGACAUCUUCGGUUCAAGUGCCCAAACUGUUGAAGCAGGCUGGAGACAGGGUGGUGGUACUUUAUGAGAGACCAGUUCGUCACCAGACUACCUCUUUUGGAAGCCUGGGAACGCUUCAAGAAGGGUUUGGGCCGCUAGAGGAAACUGGUUUUAUUUCGCAGCCAGGGGGUUAUGAGGAAGACCCAGCCCCCAUCACCACCCUUUCUGACAUAUCCGACAGCAAAGACAUGGACUCUGAAUUUGAAGAGUUGAUUGUGGACUCCAGACCUAGCCAGACUGGUGGCCCUAACAUAAGUGCCACAAAUACCAGUGACACUAAGGAUGAUUCCUUUCUUACAGUAAACCAAAGCCCCAAAAGGACUGUGGCCAACUUGGCCUCUAAGCCCCUUGGUUCCAUAUCACCUAUCCUCAACCGCAAGUUAAACUUAGUGGGUCUCCAGUCACCACUAAAGCCCCAGCCCAAAGAAUCACCAAAGCCCUCACCACAUAAGACCAGUAGUGAUCCAGGGGAGGGUCUGCAACGCCCCACUGCCCCCCCGCCGCCGCCUCCUUCUCGCCCCCCAGUGCCACCAAGACCUCAGAUAAGGUUGACUUCAACCUCCUCAGAAACCAGCGUUUUGGAAGGCAUUGAUUCUGUUACAACCACUAAUGCCCCUGUUGCUCCUACCACAAAUACCAUCAUCAGCGCUUCUGAAAAAUCUCCAGAAAAAGCUCCUCUCACUGGAGCCAAUGAAGACAAGGCUUGCACUGAGAAGACAUGUGUCAAACAGGUUGAGGCGAAGCAGUCUACCAAGCCAGCAGAGUCCAGUGAUGACCUGGCAGUCCCUUCUACUGUGUCCAGCAGCAGCAAAGCCGAUCAAGCAAAGGACAAAGCUUUAGAGAGCUCCUGCAGCACACGGGACAGUCUGGAGGACCACUCCUUCUGGGAAUCCCCAGAGACUAUGUUUCGUAACCAGACAGCACACUGGGCCAAGGCCUCUGUGGUCUUUGAAGUGGAAAGUAAUCAGAAGUACCUUAAUGUGGCCCUGUGGUGCAAAGAUCCCUUUAAGCUUGGCAGUUUGUUGUGCCUGGGUCAUGUCAGCCUCCAGCUGGAGCAUGUAGCCCUGGAAUGUAUGGCCACAUCUUCAGCAGAGUUCCAGAGCACCUUUAGAUUGGGGCCUCCAGAGCCUAGAGCAAACGUCAGCCGCACCGCGCUACGCAGCCUCAGCACCCACAAGGGCUUCAAUGAGAAGUUGUGUUACGGAGAUGUCACUCUGAACUUCUGUUACUUAGCUGAGGGUGAGUUAGAGUAUCCUGGGGGGCUGGCAGAAAGAGAGCGACAGGGGAGUCUCCAUGACGAGGAUCUAAGGGAGAGAGAGAGGGAGCAUAUCCCCUCAGCACCGCGUGAUGAUCUGGCCUACAGCACCAUGCAAUUAGUUGAAGUUCGUCACAACUUCCAGGACACCCAGUUCCAGAACCCCACCUGGUGUGAAUAUUGCAAGAAGAAGGUUUGGACCAAGGCGGCGUCUCAGUGUAUGAUCUGUUCCUACGUUUGCCACAAGAAGUGUCAGGACAAGUGCCUUGCUGAGAAUCCCUUCUGUGUGGCAGCAACUGAACGUCGUGGAGCUGACCCUGAAGCCAAAUCCACUAUAAACCGGGCUACUACUGGCCUAACGCGCCAUAUAAUCAACACCAGCUCCCGCCUGCUUAACCUCCGCCAGGUGCCCAAGACUCGGCUGGUUGAACAGGUGGCUGAUGUGGGGCCUGGAGUGGUGGAACCCUCACCGAAGCAUACCCCAAACACUUCAGACAAUGAAAGCAGUGAUACUGAGACCUAUACCAGUGGUGCCAGCCCCUCAAAGCAACCUGGCAGCAGCUGUGGCAGCAGUAAACUUGUACGCAAGGAAGGUGGGUUGGAUGACAGUGUGUUCAUUGCUGUGAAGGAGAUAGGUCGUGACUUGUACCGGGGGCUGCCCACAGAUGAGCGCUCCCAGAAGCUGGAGUUGAUGCUGGAUAAGCUUCAACAGGAAAUUGACCAGGAGCUGGAGCACAAUAACGCCCUCCUAAUGGAGGAGAGGGAGGCCACAGAUGCCCGACGCAAAGCCCUAAUUAGUACUGCCUUGGCCAAGUCUGGGGAGAGACUUCAAGCGCUCACCCUGCUAAUGAUCCAUUACCGGGCAGGCAUUGAAGACCUGGAGUCUGUGGAGAGCACCUCUCCUUCAGAGCAGCAAGGCUUUAAGGGCAAAGGAGAAGGGCUGGAGGAAGAGGCCCUGAUGGUGACAGAGGUCUAUGACAGUGAUACAUGCAGCCCUGUGGAGGUGCAGCUGCUGGAUGACAUUACUGAGGAGCAGAUCUGUGUGGAGGCACUCCACUAAAUAAGACUACAAAAGAGAGAGAUGAGGAACAAGUGCUUUGGGCUGGGCCUCCCAGCAAAAAGUUUGUUUUUUAAGAUUGCAGAAGUUCAUUUGAAAUAUCGGGGAUGUUGGGUCCAGUGUUUGAUUCACAUGUUUUUUAUUUUUAUGUGAAAAAGAAAGGAUGGGUAAAGGAAUUUCCUCCCUUAGAGUUGAACCUAUAAGUGAUGUUUUGUUUUGCACAAUGUAAUGUCGUUUCCAUCUUGGUUUAAAGGGAAGCUUGUGAGCUACGCUAUUAUCUGCCCUCAGUAGUGCUGCAUGUUUAUCUUCCAGUUAUGUUUUUCUGUGGCUCCAACAUGUUAUUGUAAGCAUUUAAUUCAGUUUGCUUAUUGUCUGUAACUGCGUUGACAUAAGGACUUUAUAAAAUGUGCACAUUUC